AUGAUGCUUGAAAUAAGCCAGAAACUUAAGGAGCCUCUUGCUGUAGCUGUCACUGGAACAUCCACUCCUACGUCAUCAGGACACGCUCCCCCGUCGACGGGAGGCACGCACAUUGCUAAUCUCCCUGAGAAAGAAACUGCUGGAGAGGUUCCUUCUGUGAUGCCAAUCAUUGUCAAUUUGGACCCUCCUCCGAAGGAAGACCCAACACCCCAUCUAAGUGAAGAGAGUGAAAAACGCUUGGCAAAGAUGGAGGAGCGACUAUGUGCCUUGCAAAGUUACGCGCUGAAAGGAGUUGAUAGGUUUUCUUCAUAUACCAAGACAAACUUCCUUGAGAUUUUCCAAGAGUCUAGGUUCACAAGAAAGUAUGAUGGAGCGGGAUGCCCCACGAUCCACCUUAGGUAUUACCUAAGGAAAAUGGCUCGUUACGCCGACAAUGUGUCUUUCCUCAUACACACAUUCCAAGAUAGCUUGGAAGAUAUUGCCCUAAUGUGGUUCAUUGUACUGGGCAUUGAAAAAUUCACCAGUUGGGAAGAUUUAGCUAAUGAGUUCUUGCAACAAUACCGGUUUAAUACCGAGCUCACCCUCACGAGAGAAGAGUUGACCCAUAUUGAGAAGAAGAUGAAUGAGUCAUUUAAGGCCUUUGCGCAAAGGUGGAGGACUAUGGCCUCACAAAUCGAGCCCCGCCGCAUCACCAGGCCGACCGUCGCCGCCGUUCAGUCAUCAUUGACAUUGCUAGGCCACAGCUUUCUAGAAUCAUUGCUGCUCACCGAGCCGCUACCCUUUGACCUCGACUACGACAACACCUGGGCUCAACGCUGUCGCUGCCCAUCCUCCCGAUGCUAUGCCGAGUUGCUCAUCGCCAAGUUCCCUGGCCUUCGACACAAGUCCCGCCGUGCUGCUUGUUGGCCCGUCGGUGUCUCCUUUGUCUCGUCUCCAUCCCCGACGCAGCUGCCCCUGUUGCUACUCAACUCUAUCGAUGUUGCCUAUGCUGCAAUCACCGCGUAG